CUCCCUUUUGUUGUUUUGCAGCCUGUAUUGAUGUCUACAGGACACACUCCAAUGUACACUUCUGCUGUUUCCACACUGGGAAAUAGUCCUCCUGUGGUGGUGAACACGGACACACUCGAUGGAUCCCCAUAUGUGAAUGGCACAGAAGGGGAAAUCGAAUAUGAGGAAAUCACACUGGAGAGAGGGAACUCAGGCCUGGGCUUCAGCAUAGCAGGGGGAACCGACAAUCCUCACGUGGGUGACGACCCGAGCAUCUUCAUCACAAAAAUCAUACCUGGAGGAGCAGCGGCUCAGGACGGACGUCUAAGUGUGAACGACUGCAUCCUCUUUGUGAAUGACGUUGACGUAAGAGAGGUGACACACAGCCAGGCUGUGGAGGCUCUGAAGGAAGCAGGUGCUAUCGUCCGCCUCUACGUUCUCCGUCGGAAACCUGCGGCGGAGAAGAUCACUGAGCUCAAACUUAUCAAAGGGCCAAAAGGGCUAGGUUUCAGUAUUGCCGGAGGAGUUGGAAACCAGCACAUACCAGGAGAUAACAGCAUCUAUGUCACCAAAAUCAUCGAAGGUGGAGCAGCACACAAAGAUGGACGCCUGCAGAUCGGGGAUAAGAUCUUGGCGGUAAAUAACGUCUGUCUGGAAGACGUCAUGCAUGAAGAUGCGGUGGGGGCACUGAAGAACACAGCCGAGGUGGUGUACCUCAGGGUGGCCAAGCCCAACAAUCUGUUUCUGACCAACUCCUAUAACCCUCCCGAUCUCACCAACACAUAUUCCCACAUGGAUACUGAACUCAGCCACCCCAACUACCUUGGCUCCGAUUACCCGCAAGCCCUCACUCCCACCUCACCUAGUCGCUUUUCACCUGUUCUACACGGCCUGAUGGGAGACGACGACAUCCCCAGAGAACCUCGCCGGGUUCUCAUUCACCGAGGCUCCACGGGUCUCGGAUUCAAUAUCGUCGGGGGAGAAGAUGGAGAGGGGAUUUUUAUCUCUUUCAUCCUGGCAGGAGGGCCAGCCGACCUCAGCGGAGAGCUUCACAAGGGCGAUCAGAUCCUCAGUGUGAACGGCGUGGACCUGCGAAUGGCCACGCAUGAGCAGGCGGCUGCGGCUCUGAAGAACGCCGGCCAGACGGUGACCAUCAUCGCUCAGUAUAGACCAGACGAGUACAGUCGUUUUGAGGCCAAGAUCCACGACUUGAGGGAGCAGUUGAUGAACAGCAGCAUGGGCUCCGGGACGACCACGCUACGAAGCAAUCCAAAGAGGGGCUUCUACAUCAGGGCUCUGUUCGACUACGACAAGACGGCGGACUGCGGCUUCCUCAGCCAGGCGCUUGGCUUCAGGUUUGGGGACGUUCUCCAUGUGUUGGACUGCGGGGACGAGGAAUGGUGGCAGGCGCGCAAGGUCAGCCCCCAGAACGAGGCUGAGGAGGUUGGCUUCAUUCCCAGCAAACACAGGGUGGAAAGAAAAGAGUGGUCACGUGUCAACACCAAAGAGAGGGAUCACGGUCGGGACACGAUGGGAACGCAAGGGAGAGAUAAAACAUCGCACAGUUAUGAGACCGUCACCCAAGUGGAAGUUCACUAUGCGAGGCCCAUCAUCAUCCUGGGACCUGUGAAGGACAGGAUAAACGAUGACCUAUUGUCCGAGUUCCCUGACAAGUUUGGCUCGUGUGUCCCACACACCACGCGUCCCAAACGGGAGUACGAAGUGGAUGGGCGGGACUACCACUUUGUGUCGUCAAGGGAACAGAUGGAGAAGGACAUCCAGAGCCAUCGCUUCAUCGAAGCGGGCCAGUAUAACAGUCAUCUGUACGGCACCAGUGUCCAGAGUGUCCGCGAGGUGGCUGAACAGCAAGGGAAACACUGCAUUCUGGACGUGUCGGCCAACGCUGUCCGACGACUACAAGCUGCUCAGCUUCAUCCUAUUGCCAUCUUCGUCCGGCCUAAGUCACUGGAGAAUGUUCUAGAGAUUAACACUCGCCUGACCGAGGAGCAGGCCAGGAAAGGAAUGGACCGAGCCCUCAAACUAGAACAAGAUUUCCUCGAGUGUUUCUCCGCUGUUGUCGAAGGAGAUAGCUUUGAAGAGGUCUAUCACAAAGUAAAGACAGUGAUCGAGGAGCAAUCAGGGCCUUAUAUUUGGAUUCCCACCCGGGAGAGGCUGUGAUGCCCUCCCUGCCCCGCAUAUCAUCGACCAACUCACGCCACCCUUCACCGCCGAGCCGGCCGCGCCUCCUGGGCCGUCCUCCAGAGAAGCUUCACUGAAGAAGACAGAUAACAAAAACAGGAAGUGACGACGUGAGAAAAAAAAAAACGAGACGGACACACACACUGUUGUGUAAUUAGACUGAAACAGACUUAAUUAGUAUUCCACUUCCAUGAGGCAGAGACUGAGGCCACGUUCACACCUGGCACUAAAAAGCCAUUUCACCCCCCAAACCGGGGACACAAGAUGUCUGGGAGAGAGUUGGUGUCAGAAUGAAUGUGUGGCGAUGACGAGGAACACACCUCAGCUUUUGUUCCUCGACAUCUAGCAGAGCGAAAAUGUCCUCACAUCCAAAGGAGUCGAAUCAAUGGGAUGAGUUCCGGCGUAUUCCGGAUGCGUUUUGGUGUCAAGUGUGAACUGAUGCAUAUCUCAUCUGUCGCGAAAACAGUCUGGAGGUAAACAAGACAUCAGGUUUGAGCAGAGAUUUAAAAAAAGGUAGUACAGGGUGACAUGGGUGGACCCCAAGGUAGUUUGAAGCCUACAACUGACAUGAAGGUGCCCUAAAAGACUUUGGUUACCCCAUUUUUUGUAUACCAUCCGCUGACUAUCUGUCCACCAGUCAACUCUGCCUUGUUUCAGGACAAAAAAUGAGUAGUGUGUGCUGCUGAGACCCCCAUGGCCAAAAACGUCUUCUAUGGGCUAAUCCGUGUUUGUUUUUUUUCUUGGUUCUGAAGUGAACUCGACAAAUACAACCCCAGUGACCAAGACUGAUCACUCGUCAAAUAUCACAAGGCACUAUUAUUUAAAGGCUGUGGAAACGAUUAUAAUGAGAAAAGGACAAAAAAAAAAAAAGAAAAUAAUAUGCAUUGUGCAUGCAUCCUCAAAGACAAUAGAAUGACAGGAUAACAAAGAAAGCUGUACGGGGGCGGGAAAAAAAUCCUUUAAAAAGGCAAGUUAAGGAGAGUGUGAGUGAGUUUUGAAGCAUGUCUCGUGAUGAAAGAAGAGAGACACGGUCACUUGUGAGCAGAGCAGAAAGUAUCGACACACACGUUUAGCCUCCUUCUGCGCACACACGCCCACGCACGUCCGCUAACACGAAUUGUAACCUCAGCUGUAAGCUAGCAGAGCCCUCGGGCAAGAGGCGUCGUCUGUUCUGACCUUUGUGUGGUCACAAACCUGGAUGAAUGUUAUCACUCUCUGGGCACAAACAGCAGAGCUUGAACGCACCCAUCACUCUUCCGAACCGAAGCCCUUUCAGCCACAGACAUCCACACUGUUUCCCAGUGGCUGUCCUAAAAGCCAUGACGUCACGGUGUUUGCGUAUGUGGGAGGCACAGGUCUUCUUUUACUCUCUUGCUUCCGAUUCUACUCUGCUUUCUCCCCUCUUGUGACCGUACAUAUUAAAGCUAAGUCACAAAUAAAUGGUCUAUAUAUAUAUAUACAAAUAUAAAUAUAUACACAUAUAUCUUUUUUAUGACGAUUUCUAUCAGGACUAUAGUCUGUACAAAAAAAAAAUAUAUAUAUAUAUAUAUAUCUCUCCAAACACGUUCCAUUGGUUCCUUUGUUUGAAUUUGGAGUUUGAUUUGUGGAAUUUAAUCACUCAGCGAAAA